CGGAUGAUGCUAGAGAGCAGGACGAUAUUGGCUUGGAAGUGGAUGAGUUAAACAAGGAUCCUCAAUUAAGUGGAGAGAGAAGUACAACGAAGCACCUAAUCGAGCAGCUGCUUAUGCAGGAGACAUUUUCAAGGAAUGAGCGUGAUAGGUUAGUAACAAUCAUCAACUCAAGGGUUGUUGAUUUUUCAUCACUAGAAGGAGAAGGCAGUUUUGGUUUGCGCUCCGCAAUACCUGAUCAAGCAAUUGCAGAUGAUACACUGGACCUCAGCAGUCGUGCAAUUGUAGAAGCAAGGAAAUGGUUAGAGGAAAAGAGAGAGGAAAAGAGAGACGGACUGGGUUUAGAUAUUACUCACGGAGGUUUAAGCUCUGGAGUUAAAAACGUGGAUGAUACUUUUGGCUCACCGGUAGAUAUGGCUAAGUCAUAUAUGAAGGUUCGUCCUCCAUGGGCCUCUCCUGCUGUUGAUCAUAGUGGACUUGGAACCCCCUCACAUCUGAAGGCAAAGCUCUUUGAGGAAGGAACACCGCAUAGUGGGGAUUCUUCCUCUUCCUUAAAGAAAAUGAAUUCUUUUGCAUCUGGCUCAUGGAAUAUUCAUGAUGAAAUACGAAAAGUACGGUCAAAAGCAACUGAGGAUCUGUUACGUGCUCGCCCUUCCAAGGCAGAACCAAAAUCUGCAGUUGGUAAUUUGACAGGAACUAGUACCAGAGAGAAGAUAAAUAGCUCAAGUUCUUUGAGACUUACUAAACUGUCAGAUGUACCAAUUAAGUGGUCAGAUGUGGAAAUAACACAAGAUGGUGGAGAAAAUAUCACUCAGCCUCUACAUCCUGCCUCUUCUGUUCAGCUCCAUGACCAGGGUAUUGAGGUAAGUAGGGUUGGCGAGCAUGCUGCUUGUGAAUCGCACAGGCCCAAUGGUCCAGCUUUCCCCUCAGAGCACAGUGAUGGUCUUCAUAUAACUGGCGCUGAUGCACAGGAAGUGACUCAAACAAAUGCAGCACAAAGUUCUAAUGGCUAUACAUCAAUAGAAAUAGAAGCUAGUUUGUCUGCAGGUCUAACAUCAGGACAAAACAAUGUGCAUGUCGGCGGUGAGAAGCCGAAACCAGGAAUGUCGAGUCAGCAGAAAUUAACUGAAUCUACCCAAGUCGAGGAUAAGUGUGAGCUUCUUAGCGAAUCUGCUGUGGAUGUACCAGAAAUGAACGAAACAACCGACAGUCCAGCUGCUUCGAUGCCUAGUGAGGAAUUAUCACAGGAGGAACCGGGUUUGGUACGUGAGUUGGCAAAGAAUGGCAAAGUUGUGAAGCAACAAGGAAACAGACCAGUCAGAAAUGUGAGAAAGACUAGAGCAAAGAGGUAAAUGAUGAGAUACGCAGACCAGGCAGUUUGUAGACCUGAAGCUUAUGUAUAUUAGCUUGAAGAAGAAAUCUAAGCUAUUGUAGGAGUAUACUUGAUUAAUUUAAGCUAUUGUAGGAGAAUCCUUGAUUCAUCUUUUCCUUUCUUUGUUGACCAUGUUGUGUAGUUGUAUUCUUAAGUUCGUGUAGGGGACUAUUACCAAUAUUCUCUCUCUCUCUCUCUCUCUCUCUCUCUCUCUCUCUCUGUUGUGUGUGUUAGCACAAAAAUAUGAUGUUGCUUUCCAGGUUUUCUGUAACAAAAUUAUUUUUCUGUUGAAUCGCAAAAGUAUGCUUUUAUAGCAUUUAGAUC